UUACGUAAAUUUAACAAGAUUCUGUUUUGUCUGAAAGGAUAAUACUCUAAGUCGUAAAGAUAGGCACAGAGGAAACAAACCUUUGAUUAAAGGGAUAUAUAAUGCCUUCAUUGUCAAGGCAUUAUUCUGAAUGUCUGAAAGUGUAGUAAAUUAUUGUGCUGGAUAUAUUUGUAUUGACAUUAGGAACAUAAACUAUUAGAAAGAAGAAAAAAGUCUGGUUAUGAGGAUUUCUGAAGAUAGCACGUAUCGGCAUUUUGAUGUCAGUGAUACCGACCAAAUAAACUGAGUAAGUGUCAUGGAGGGUUUAUCAAGCCUUCCGUAGCCACUUUAAUAUACAGAGAUUAUAAUCUGAUUAAAUAAAUAUUUAAGGCAGAAUUAUUAAAAAAGGAAUGUUUAUUAUAUGGAAAAAAACUGAGAUAAACACCCGCAUUGGAUAUUGACUGUUCAAGGUAGUUGGUAUAUGGCUUGAAAACUGAUUAUAGUUGAAGCAAGUGGAGCAAUGAAUGGUUUAUAGGUUGGUAGAAAAGCAAAAGGACUUUGUGAAUCCAACAUCGUUAGAAGGACCUUGGACGCGCGGAAAAAAAAUGUCGAACGGCGUGCGCAUCCGGAAAUCCAACAGCUUCUCGAUGAAGCCGGCGACGCGUAGCUUGGAGAGCUCGGGAUCCGUGCACAGUGAACCAUGGACGAUGCGGCCCCGCCACUGGCGACAGGGGAGCUUGAAGAUGAGGCCAGUUCUGGACUUCAGAAUGCCAACGUUAGCCAACAACCGCGCGUUUUUGCUUCCCAUUGAGGACAUAGCCACCAAGACGAAAUCGAGGCUUCUCAAAAUCGAAGCUAGCCCGCCGUCAUGUCUCCGGGACGUCCGAGCGGCAUUGGAUGCUGAAAUCAAGGCCACACAGAAACGUCUCACGAGGCUAGAGCGCUCAUAUUACGGUGUGGGGAAAUCGCUUAACCACGAAGUGAAGAAGUACGCGAUGCCUUUGAAAAUCCUCGUACGAAUGCUUGGAUAUUUCGAACUUUCGUCCGUCAAAGGCGUCGAAGCUGCGAUCAAGUACGGGUCGGACCCGAAGCGUUACAAAGGAGACCCGACAAAUGUGGCUUUACUUAAAGAAGCGUAUGCGAAAGUGCAAAGUUUUGUUCCAAUUAAGUUUGAUGAUAUUGCUAGUGACUGUAAAAAGAUGCUUGUAAUAUUGGAAAAGUACUGCAUCAGUUUCUACGAACCCAAUGGCGAGAUUGAGGUGGAAACAGCUCUGCAUUAUGAAACACAGAUCAGAACUUGGAGAAGAGUCAUACAUGAAACUCUGGACAAAAUUAACAGUCUUGUCAUGCAUUUUAGAAACAGAGGCAUUCAUUACACGAUGUUUAGUUCCACUGUUGCAACGUUCUGUCAAAGAAAUGAAUGUGAAAUAGUGCCUUUCCUGUUACUCUUCGCGGAAGCCUGUACAAACAUUAGAACAGUACUCUCAGCUAUGGCACAGUGGCUCAAAUCUGACGAAAACUACGGUGUCUUUUUACAGAAUGAUGUAGCUGACUUGGAGAGACAAAGAGAGGAACAAAUAAAAGUAGUUCGUGAGGCGAGGGAACAGUAUCACUCCGCCAUAUUUAAAGUGAACCAGACAGAAACGGAAUAUACAAAACUACUGGCGCAAUUAGAAAAUCUGAAAGAGAAAGAUGAUACGAGUGAGAUAGAAGAGACCUUCCUCAUUAACAAGUGUAAUGAGUUAGAAAUGGACAUGGAGUUCAAAGAAGGUAGGAGGGAUGAUAUGAAAAAUCAACCAUUAGAUUCAGAUUCUCUGGAGUCGCUGGCGAUAACCUGGGACAAUUUGAAUGAAGAGAUAAGGUUUCUGAAAGAGAACUUACCAGGCGUGAAAAAACAGCUAGCAACCGUGCAGCAACGGCGGGAAUGGAUAAGCGAAAGGAGGGUUCAAUUAGAAAAGAUGGAGAGAGAAUUGGAGCAGCUGACGAAAGAUGCUAACUCUACCAGCGAGGUAAAGGUGAUGCGAGAGGGUGAGUUGGAGACGAUAGAGAGGACCUUGGAGAUAUCGCGGCGGCUCCUCCUCCACAAGACCAGCAACGAUUCCGUGGCGAAGAUCUUCUAUGACCUGCCCAUCACUGCCAGAAACAACAAACCGAAACUGCCAAACAUCUCGAAUGGCACCGACGGUACCCUGGACAAGGCAUGCGCCGUGGUUGAGGCGGAGAUCGGCCUGGAUUGGAUACAGCUGUACCGCGCACUUCCAUUCUUCCCGACCCGCGGUGCUGAAACCAUUGAAAAGGACAUCUCAUCCAUCGCCAUGGAGGGCGCCCGCGGUCCGAAAAAGGACAUUGCCGGAGUCGCCCUCGCGCGAUGGAGGCGGCACCACACACGGGCGCGCGCCGAGGACCUGAAACAGGGCUUGAAGGCGAUCCGGCGGCCGGACCUUUACCGCGAGGUGGAUCUGACGAUCCACCCACCGCUCGUGGAGGAACCGCCUCCGGAGUACUUUCCGCCGGAACUGGAUCCCGCCCUUCGUCCAUACUAUAGAGACGUCGUGAAGCUAGACAAACUGAUAGCAGACAAGCGGAUAAAGGUGGAACAAUUACCAGAGGAUUGAUAUUAUCGUUUCGUUAUAUAUAUUUUUUCAAAUUGAAUGUUUUGAAAUAUUCAAUAACGUCAUAGAAAUACUAACAAGGCUUAGGGGUAACAAAGACUUAAAAAACCCACUAACAAUUGUUUGUUAUCAGACUGGCAAAUUGAAUGGAAAUAGUUCUUGAACUUUCAAGUAUUUUCAUUAGUCCAUGUGAUCUAAAGCUAACGGAUGUAGAGUUAAAUCCGGUUAGUUUUAGGACAAACAUGACCUUUUAACGAUAGCCUCAGUUAAAAGUCUCAUUGCAUUUAUUGUUUAAAUUAUAUAUGUAUAUAACUGAUUAUCUUUUAUAUUCUUUUGAUUUUAAUUAUUUUAA